UUGCUCAGCCCAAUUGCAGUAACCAAUUCAACUACUAGCGGCCCAUGGCCAACUAUACAUAAACCUGUUACAGUAUCCACCUCAACCCCGCCCAAAUCACAUUCUCUCUCUCUCUCUCUCUCUCGUCGACGGACGCACAAUUCUCAGAGACACCGAGAUGGCAUUACAGGAAAAGUUAGAUAAAUUCAAGAAGCAGCAAGAGAAGUGCCAGUCAACCCUCACGAGCAUUGCAGCAUCUAAUAAGUCCAUAAUUCAGAAAUCCACACCUGUAGCUGCAGCACUGUCAACCAAUGCAAGAACCCCUGCUCCUGCCGUUAAAUUUUCAAAUGAUACAGAGAGACUUCAACACAUCAACAGCAUUCGGAAAGCCCCUGUAGGAGCUCAGAUCAAGCGUGUUAUAGAUCUGCUACUGGAGACUAGGCAAGCCUUCUUGCCGGAGCAAAUAAAUGAAGCAUGUUAUGUUGACGCAAAUGCCAACAAAGCUGUCUUUGAUAGUUUGAGGAAUAACCCGAAAGUUCACUAUGAUGGGAAGCGUUUUUCUUACAAGUCUAAGUAUGAUCUAAAGGACAAGGGUCAGCUUCUUUACUUAAUAAGGAAAAAACCGGAGGGGAUCGCUGUCAUUGAUCUUAAGGAUGCAUACCCAACUGUGAUGGAAGACUUGCAGGUUUUGAAAGCUGGGGGUCAGAUUUGGCUGCUAUCAAACUUCGAUUCCCAGGAAGACAUUGCUUAUCCAAAUGACCCCAGGGUGCCCGUUAAGGUGGAUGAUGACCUUAAACAGCUGUUUCGGGGAAUUGAAUUGCCUCGUGAUAUGAUUGACAUUGAGAGGGAUCUCCAGAAGAAUGGGAUGAAGCCUGCUACCAACACUGCUCAGAGGAGGGCCAGGUCAGAGGUUCAAGGCCUUUCCUCCAAGCCCAAGCCCAAGAAGAAGAAGCAUGAGAUCACCAAGAGGACAAAGCUUACCAACGCCCAUCUUCCAGAGCUUUUCCGGAACCUAGAGAAUACUAAUUCUUGAAGUUCUGAUGAGCCAUUGUUGAACCGUGCACAGAAGGUCAAUAGCAGGCCGCAAAUUUAACUUGCUGUUGUGCUACUUGCAUCAGUUUUGUAGAUAUGAAGUGUUCUAGUAGUUCUAAACCCAAAUUGAUUCUUGGGUCUUUGCCACUCGUGAUAUUAAUGGCGGACACGGGUGGGGUGUCGGCAGGGAAGCUUUUGAAUACUUGGUGGGAAGCGGCCCAUCUGACUACAUGGUGUGAUCUUAUUCCAUCGGCCAUCUGUUGAUAUGUAAUGAAAAAGCCUAUAUGGUCCAACAUUGUAAUUCCAGACUUUGUUUGUAAAUUUAGCCGAGUUAUUUUGUUUGCCUGGAAGAACGUAGUUCUUAGCGUUUUAUCCUUGAGGAUUCAUUCCAGGGAAUGGGCGAGCCCUCACUAAUGCAAUUGAUUCAUUCUGUUUUUGUA